UAGAACCUCUCCUAUCAUACACACCCAACAUACAUACCUAGUGUCAAUUCUUCUAUUUACUAACCUAGUAUACUAUACCUACAUAUGUAGGUACCUACCUUAGACCUCAAAUUACCCCACGAUCGCCAUUCGGAAGGGUCUAUCUAAAAGAUGGCUUUUAUUUCCGACAUCAAGCGACUUCAUCGAAAUAAUGUCGCAACUCUGCGUCGCUCCCCGCUCGCAGAGAUAUCAGGCGCACUUGGUGAUCUGGGGACUCUCCUCCCACUGAUGAUCACCCUCGCCGUCAAUGGCUCAAUCUCGCUAUCGACUACACUUGUAUUCUGUGGCUUCUAUAACCUCAUUACCGGUGUCAUAUUUGGAAUUCCUUUGCCAGUUCAGCCGAUGAAGGCCAUCGCGGCCGCUGCUAUAGCUUCUCAUGCCUCGGAGCGCGAAACUGUAGCUGCGGGUAGUGUGGUCGCUGUUGUUGUGCUUUUCCUUAGCGUCACCGGUUUAUUACACUGGAUCACUCGCAUAAUUCCCAUCCCCGUAGUCAAAGGUAUCCAGUUCGGUGCCGGCCUUUCCCUCAUCAUCUCGGCAGGCACUUCGCUGCUAAAGCCGUUCGCACACCACUGGGACUUCCCCCUUGACAACCUCGUAUGGUCUUUUGCCGCCUUCUUAUUACUUGUCCUGACUCAAAAGGCGACUCGAUUCCCAUAUGCCCUCAUCAUCUUCGUCGUUGGCCUAGUCCUCGCUAUCAUAUCCGUCGUCAUCAGCUCGCAUCAUCAUCUACCCCAUUUCCGCAUCUGGAACCCCUGGUUCAAACUCCCGCAGUGGAGUGCAGAUGCUAUCGGCAUGGGUGUCGCGCAGCUACCCCUCACAACCCUGAACUCCAUCAUCGCCGCUAGCGCAUUGGCCGCAGACCUGCUUCCUGACCUACCUACGCCCAGUGUCACAGCCCUCGGAAUCAGUGUUGCUGCCAUGAAUCUCCUGGGUUGUUGGUUCGGUGCUAUGCCCGUAUGUCACGGCGCCGGUGGGCUUGCCGCUCAGUACCGAUUUGGGGCACGGAGCGGAGCUAGCAUCAUCAUGUUGGGUCUAUUUAAGAUGCUCCUCGGAAUAAUAUUUGGGGAGACUUUGCUAGACUUACUCAAGGCCUUCCCGAAGAGCUUACUAGGAAUUAUGGUCAUUGCCGCCGGUCUAGAGCUCGCCAAGGUUGGCCAGAGCCUGAAUCACGGCGCAUCGGACUUAUGGGAGGCAUCGGUUGAUCAGGCACAGCACAAGAGACACCGAAAUGUAUCAGACGAGGAAAGAGGUGAGAGGUGGACGGUUAUGCUCAUGACUACGGCGGGUAUCCUAGCUUUCAAGAAUGAUGCUGUUGGGUUCGUGGCUGGGAUGCUGUGCCAUUGGGCUUACAAGCUUGUAGACUGGAUUGAAAGAAGACGGGGUCGUGGCUCAGGUGAAAGAGCGCCUUUGUUGAGCAGGUAGGGCACGUGCCUUAUUAAGCAGUGACUCUACCUGACAGCCUGGGUAUAUACAUCUCGGGUGUGUAUAUAUGUGUGUGAGCGUGUAUGAUGAGUUACCUAAGGUAAGUUUAUUUCUCAUGGCAUGCUGAUGUGGUAGUGUUAUCAAAUAUUUAUUGAGCAUAAUGAUUCUCUACCUAGUAUUCAGGUACCUAUUCAAUGUUGUACAAUACCUAGACCAGCACACAGACAGGAGGGCUUCUUUCAUGGAAUGUAAACUUUGUAGUACACCGUGAGUUGUCAAGAUACUACUACAUAAUGACUGCCAUGUGACUACCCUAGGUUAAGUAAAUACCUACGUAUGCAGCCAGUCA